CUUAAUAUAUUAUAAUUAUUGAUCAGCAAAUAUAAACAAUUCAAACUUUAAAAUUAAUAUUUGUGUGACAACGAUUACUUAAUAAGAUGUAAUCGCGUAAGAGUGAGAGCGUGCGUUGUGUAAAAGAGUUGUUAUCGCUCUAUGAUUAUUUGAUAAUAAACCGAAAGUUAAGCCUGUGGACUAAUCUUGAAAGCAAACGCAGAAGUGCCUGAGCUAGUGUCGUGUCAACACCGUAACAUUGUUUCUCUAUUGCACGAGUAGCAAAGUUUACCCAAAAAUAUUAACAUCCGUCGAAGAGACAGCAGAUUGACAUCGCCACGAUUGGAUCUGCUAUAUAAUUUACGAGCAAGUUACCACAUGCAAUUAUUGCAAUUUUCAAACAUCAUGCCUGUUCUUAACACAAAACAAGUUCUUGUAAUCUACACGGGUGGAACUAUUGGCAUGACCAGGAACGAACAAGGAGCUUAUUGUCCUUCUCCGAAUAAAUUCAUUGAAUGGAUGAAGAAUAUUCCGGAUAUGCAUGUCGAAAGUUUGGCCAGAGAAUAUUGCAAGGAAAAAAUACAAACUAAUACAUUUGCCAUUCCUUAUGAGAAUCAUACAGUUAUAAUAUACACGAUCGUUGAGUACAAUCCGCUUUUGGAUAGCAGCAAUAUGUCUCAGGAGAAUUGGAAGCGUAUCGCCAAUGACAUUGGGGAAAACUACGAAAAAUACGAUGGUUUUGUUGUCCUUCACGGCACGGACACUCUUCCUUACACCGCUUCAAUUUUGAGUUUCAUGUUGGAGAAUUUGGAUAAGACUGUUAUAGUCACUGGGGCACAGAUUCCCAUUUUCGAGCAGCGAAGCGAUGCUAAAGACAACUUUCUUUCGUCCUUGAUAUUCGCGGCUAUUUACCAAAUUCCCGAAGUUUGCGUCUGCUUCGGGAAUGUGCUUUUACGUGGAAACAGAACGAUCAAAUCCAGCACCGAUCAACUAAAAGCAUUCAGCUCUCCCAAUUACAGUUUGUUGGGUAAAGUUGGCAUCGAGGUUAAUCUUUACAUGGAACAUCUACUGAAACCAGAGACGCGUAACAAUUUCCACGUGAAUUCUGAUUUGAAUGCGAACGUUACGGUCUUCAAGUUUCACCCAGCCGCAACCCCUGACAUGUUAGAAACGUGUCUAAAGAGUGAUAUAGACGGUGUCAUUUUAUUGAGCUACGGAAUUGGUAACAUUCCCACCAAUACGAGAAUCAUCAAAAUCCUCGAGGACGCUUUGAAUCGUGGCAUUAUCAUUGUCAAUGUUACCGAAUGUGUUCAAGGAACAGUGAAUUCCACAUACGAAACAGGAAAAAUUUGCAAGGAUAUUGGUAUUCUGCCUGGGUUCGACAUUACCACUGAAGCAGCUUUAACAAAAUUGAUUUACGUUUUGGGCUUUAAAAAUCUUUCUCUUGACGAAAAGAAAACUAUGAUGAUGACAAAUCUUCGUGGAGAAAUAUCCAAAUCUUGAAAGACUUAAGUAAUAAACAAAUAUAUUUGCAUUCGGCCUAUGCAGAUCAAAAAGAAAUCUAACCAUUCUUCCAAAUCAUUGAAAUUUUAACGUGUGUUAGUGAUUACAUAAAGUAUUUUAAUUUAAGUUUUAUUUGCAUUGACAAAGACUUGUGUGUAAAGUAAUUGAUGUUACUUACUGAUACUAAAUUGGCCAAACAAUUAUGAUGUAGGAUAUGUAAAUAUAUAUAUACUAAUAUUUUGU